CUGACUUCCAGACUAACCCUUGUCUGCAAUCAGCAACAACCUAAGCUUUACUAUGGCUAUCAAAUCUCUUUUGUUUGGCGGUCUGCUAGCCAUUGCCGUCGUCUGUGCCAGUGCUGACCCAUAUCCGGAUGGAAAACCCAUGACAACGAUGGUAACGCUUGUCACCAGAGUGGCACCACCCCCAUUACCGACAGGAGUCUCGCCCGUUGCAGUCACUAUUCCCUGUCAGGGUGAUUGUGACAAUGUGAAGGCUAACCCUCCUUCAAGUCUUCCCCAACCUCAACACACAUGCGUUCGCGAGGCUCUUGUUGCCUUGGCAAACUGGCGCAUGCAUUGUGACGGAGGCGGCAUCCCUCCCCCGAAGUGCUGGACGCGGGCCCCGAGUGUGGAACGCUGCUGCGGCAAAUGGGUGGGCGUCAACGACGAGCAGUACAAGGACUAUCCACCCGUCCGGACGCCUAAGGAAGUCCAGACCGGAGAGACAUCGUGGGAAUGGCAUUGGGAUGCCAAGGUAGACAAGGGCCGCCGGGAGGUCAUUCUACAGACCAUGGACGAGUAUCACUCCGACAAGACCGAGUGCGGUCGCUGGCGGGCCGAAAAUGAGGUUGUAUUCUCGGCCUUUAUGCAGCACCUGAGCGAGUAUGGGAUUUGCGAUGCAGAUAGCAGUGGGAGGGCUCUCGACAGCGCCGUGCCCAGAUACAACCCUGAGGGAGGAGGGUAUUACGACCAAGGCAACCCGAAAUACCCGUCCUUGCAAGACGGGCCGCCGUUGGGAUGGUAG